GCCAUUUUGAGCUCCGCUGGAUGUGGAAGGGUCUAGAAGCGCAGAAAGCUGCAGAAAAUCCGCAAAAAACUCCACAGAAAGCCGCAGGAAUUCCGCUCCGGUGACUCCCUCUCCUUUUGUACCGGAGUGCGAAUGGUCGGUUGUUUUUUAUUCGCCUUUCCCGGGAGUUUCCUGAACCCGCGGUGAGGCGGCGAGUGUUCGCGGUGUGAUGAGAAGCACGUAAAGCCGCUACAGCAAACACCCACCCAGGACACACACUCUCACACACACCAAAACAGCCCCACACUUUCUCACACACCAGGCAGACCGCAGGAGAAUCCCCCAGCCGGAGUUCCAUGCUACUCGGAUCCCGCCCGGUCGAUCGGAGUGAUGUUUCAGCUUCCUGUGAACAAUCUUACUCGGCUGAGAAAAGCCAGGAAAAAGGUCAAGAGGCUGUUAAGUGACAUUGGUCUGGACUAUUGCAAGGAACAUAUUGAGGAUUACAAAGAGUUUGGCUCUGAUGAGUCCUAUUCCAAGCAUUAUUACCUUGAUGUUUGUUUGUGGGAUCCAUCUUGGACAAAGUCACAGGACUAUAGAACAAAGCAGUUUUGCUGCUCAGAUUGCCCCUUUGCCUCCAAGUACUUCUCAGCAUACAAGAACCACUUUCGCAAUGUUCACAGAGAUGACUUUGAGAAUCGCAUUCUGCUCAACUGCUCUUAUUGCAUGUACAGUGGGAACAAGAGGACGCUGGAAACUCAUGUCAGGCUCUUCCACAUGCCCCAGAACAUGGCGCGACAGGGUGUUGCCAGUCCACAGGGUUCCCUGGUGGGUGUUAGGGAUGGUAUACGGAUAGACAAGCCUAUGCUGACCGACAGAAGGGAGCUGCCAGUGUACUACUGCAAGAAGUGCACCUAUCGGGACAGACUCUACAAUGUAGUGCGCAGGCACAUUUACAGGGAACACUUCCAGCAUGUGGCCACACCCUAUGUAGCCAAAAACUCAGAGAAGCAGGAGAAUAGUGAAGCCACAACAGUCAAUAGUCAUGGUAUUCAUUGCAAAAGCUGCCUCUUUGUCCCUCGUUCCUAUGAGGCACUCGUGCAGCAUGUCAUUGAGUUCCAUGAACGCAUUGGUCAUCAAGUGACCGCUAUGAUUGGCCAUACCAAUGUUGUAGUGGCUCGGCCACAGGCCAACAUAAUUCAGAGGGGUGCUACAAUAACCCCUGGUGUACCUCCUCAUAUGGCACAACCAGUAAAUCGCUUUAACGUGCCCAAAGUGAUGGGGAUGCCUGUGGGUAACCAUUUCAAGCAGAGUGUUGCAGGAAACACUGUAUCUUCUCAACCGGUGCGCAUUACACUACCUGACAAAGCUCUAAUGUCUGGCACAGUUUCACAGCCGCAUGCAGGAAAACACCUGGGUGGCUUUGGGGUCACAGCAUCUCAUGGUAAUGCCUCGUUCUCCCCCUCAAUGAAGUCCCUACCUCUCUCUUCAGUGCAUGCUGCUACUGCCACUUUGACCUCAUUGCAGGCAAAGAAGGCUUCAGCUAACGCAUUGAACACCUCACAAACGCAGAAGUGGAAGAUUUGCACCAUUUGCAAUGAACUCUUCCCUGAGAGUGCAUACAGCGCACACUUUGAAAAGGAACAUCAGGCUGAAAAGGUGCGGGCUAUGGCCAAGUACAUCAUGAAAAUACACAACUUCACAAGCAAGUGUCUAUAUUGUAACCGCUACCUGCCGAGUGACUCCUUGUUGAACCACAUGCUAGUCCAUGGUCUGACAUGUCCACAGUGUCAUAAUACGUUCUAUGAGGUUGAAAAGAUAGUAGCGCACAAACGGCAGGCUCACCCAAAUGAGCAAGGGGACUCUCCUACUGGCUCUCCGCUGACUUUUGACCUGACGCUUCAGCAAGGCAGUCCUAAGAAUGUGCAGCUUAUCAUUACCACAUACAACAUGAAGGAAGCACCCGAGUCGUCAUCCACACCUGGGCAAUCACCAAACAAUGCUGUAGCCAGGCCUACUAUGAUGGUAAAGGGUCCAGAAAAACACAGUGAAUCCCUGAUGAGGAACUCAUCCCAAAAUGCAGUAUCCCAGAAAAAGGAAGUUGGAAAGACACUCUGUCCUCUGUGCUUCACCAUCCUCAAAGGCCCCAUUUCUGAUGCGCUAGCACACCACCUCAGAGACCGUCACCAGGUACUUCAGACGCUGCACCCUGUGGAGAAAAAGCUCACUUACAAGUGUAUCCACUGUCUGGGUGUGUAUACAAGUAACAUGACAGCUUCCACCAUCACACUUCACCUGGUGCACUGCCGAGGAGUUGGACAGAGUCCCAAAGGUCACUGCAGCAAGUCCAUUUCCACACUGCGCUCAACUGGAGCAGGUACUCUUAAGCGAGAGCUGGUGGCUUCAGAUGCUAUUGACCCUAAGAGGAGGAAGAUGGUGGACCAAAGUAGAUAUUAUCCCACAGUUUUUGUGGAGAAACCUGAAGAGCCUGUUGUUCUUGCCUUGGAUCCCAAAGGCCACGCAGAUGAGUCUUAUGAGGCACGGAAGGCUUUCCUCACAGCCUAUUUUAACCACCGUCCCUAUCCAUUGCAACGAGAGGUAGAGAAACUAGCUGCUAGUCUCUGGCUGUGGAAGUCUGACGUCUCAAGUCACUUUGCCAAUCGCAGGCGCUCGUGUGAACGGGACUUUGUUACUCGUAAACCUGUAGUGUUACUAGGCUUUAAUAUGCGAGCAGUGAACCAACUCAAGCAUAAUAUGAAUUUUGACACUGAGUGGCUGUUCGCUGUCAACAAUGAGGAGAAAAGUGGAAAAUCAAGAACCUCCAAAGUGAGGCUGAAGGCUCCUGUUGGUUUCUCUGCUGAGGAGGGCAUCAAAGCACUCCAAUUUAGGGGCAUAAGACAGGCUCUAAACACUGGACGAAGUAGUCAAAGCAACUGUGCCUUCAAGCCAACCCCUGGAACUUCUUCAGAGCCAAUCGCCAUUGAUUCUGAUAGUGAAUCAGAGCAAGAGGAGAAGGCUGUAGACGACAUGAAUCUCAAAACUCAGCAAGCAGCUACUUUUCGACCUUCGGUUGUGCAGAGCCAAACAAAAGGGACUGUACUGAGGGAGAGUUUCCUCUAUGAAAGAGAUGGCAGAGCAAGUAGAAAUUCUGCCAGAGGAGAAGAAAAGAUUCUUGAUGGGUCUGCAUCUAGUUCCAGUCCGGAAGAAGUGAUAUGGACGGGCAGCGUGUCACCAAACCAGAGUCACUACAGACCAGCUGGACGAUUUGAAGAGAAGGGGAAGGAGGUGGGAUUGCUGGGUAGAUGAUGGAUUCUCCCUCAGUGCCAGUGUUAAACCUCUUCAGUCUUAGGUGAGAACUUUUACCUCAGUGUGACCUCCAACAGCGUGAUAAAACUGAAACCAUUCAAAGCGGAACAGUGGUACAAGCUCACUGAAAGAACUGUUUACUAUCAACAUGUCUGCUGUGAACAAGCAGCAAAAAAAUAACAUACUGUAAUAUUCUUCUCCAUGCAUAGUCCCACUGGUGAUCUGCUUUUUUGUUGUUUUUGUUUGUUUUUGUUUGUUUUUGUUUUUUUACAUUACACAGCCCUCUGUAUUUAAUCGCACAGUUGAUGGAAUUGUAACAAAACUGAUAGGUCUGUUUCUCUCUGAUCAAAUAAAAUUGACAUUGUAAUUUACUAAAAA